UUAUAUAAAAAAACCAAAAUUAAUAAAUAAAAUUUCGUAAAAAAAGGCAAAGAAGAUCAAGCUGUGAUGAACCUCUCUCUCAAACAGUAGCGCUAUGAUUUUUCAGACACGUCUUUGUCAUCGCCUACUUUCUUCUGGUUUCCCUUUUGCUCCUUCAGUCUGAUUUUGUGGUCUUGGUAUUUUGUUCCCAUGAGAACUCGAAGACGGAAAAUAUGGGGGUUCCGAAGUUAGUUUGGUGUUACUGAGAAAUCUUUGGUCCGAACUCAGCUAUGGCUUCGUUUUCGAGCUUGUCGGAUCGUGGGUUUUCUCGGCAAUCGGAGGGGUUUUAAGGGCUGAGUCGAUCCGAUGAUUCGGUCGUGCGCCAUCACGAGAAAAGGGUUGAACCAUUUCCUUGUUUUUGGUGUCGUGUUGCGUUGCUCCUUCCUUUUUUCGUGAACAGUCGGAUCUUUUUCGGUGUUGGGGAAAGCGAAAGUUGUAAUCUUUGUGGGAAAAAUUUUCAGGGGGUUCUUGCGUUUUGGGACUCCCGCCUUAAAAGUCGACCAAAGAAGGAUAGUGUUGUCCCCUGUCGAGGUUAUAUGAAAUCUUCUCGUGUUGUGAAGUGCUGAGGAGGAAAGAGUUAUUGUCUGAUUUCUGAAACCCACUGCUUUGACGCAAGUUGUCAUGUAACUUGCAACCCUUUUGCGAGAUUUUAGGUUUGGAAGUGGUAGAGACAUUAGUCUGCAAUGGAUGGACAUUAAGGUAUCUCUGGGUGUGGUUUUCUACUUAGAUUUCUGGUUAGAACUGCAUAAAGUUUGUUCCUUUCAGAUAAAAGAGUUGAUUCUGAUACAAAGGGAUACAACUUGGUAUCUGGGCAUUGGAAGGGUAUUGUGGAUUUGGUGAAUUCUUGUGACUGAAGUUGAUAAGAAGCAAUAGCGGAGUAGUGGCAAUGUCCUGCAGGGAUGGUAAAGCGGGGAGUUUUGAUAAUGGGAAAUAUGUAAGGUAUACACCUGAACAGGUUGAAGCACUUGAGAGGCUGUAUCAUGAUUGUCCUAAACCGAGUUCUAUUAGGCGGCAGCAGUUGAUUAGAGAGUGCCCUAUUCUCUCCAACAUCGAGCCGAAACAGAUCAAAGUUUGGUUCCAGAAUCGAAGAUGCAGAGAGAAGCAGAGGAAAGAGUCAUCUCGGCUUCAAGCCGUGAACCGGAAACUGACAGCAAUGAAUAAGCUCUUGAUGGAGGAGAACGAUAGGUUGCAGAAGCAAGUUUCACAGUUGGUUUACGAGAACAGCUACUUCCGUCAGCAUUCCAAGAAUACAUCACUUCCAACCAAAGACACAAGCUGUGAAUCCGCAUUGACGAGUGGUCAACAACAAUUGGCAUCACAGCAUCCGCCGAGAGAUGCUAGUCCUGCAGGGCUUUUGUCCAUUGCAGAAGAAACUUUAGCAGAGUUUCUUUCGAAGGCUACUGGAACCGCAGUUGAGUGGGUCCAGAUGCCCGGAAUGAAGCCUGGUCCGGAUUCCAUUGGAAUCAUUGCAAUUUCUCAUGGUACCACCGGUGUAGCAGCACGGGCUUGCGGCUUGGUUGGCCUUGAGCCUACGAGGGUCGUGGAAAUCGUUAAGGAUCGGCCUUUGUGGUUCCGUGAGUGCCGAGCCGUGGACGUUUUGAACGUGCUUCCAACCACAAACGGUGGAACCAUCGAGCUGCUUUAUAUGCAGCUCUAUGCACCGACGACAUUGGCACCACCUCGCGAUUUCUGGCUGCUGCGUUAUACUUCUGUUUUAGAAGACGGCAGCCUCGUGGUGUGUGAGAGAUCGCUUACAAACACUCAAAAUGGUCCUAAUAUGCCACCGGUUCAGCAUUUCGUCAGAGCCGAGAUGCUUCCAAGUGGGUAUUUGAUACGACCGUGCGAAGGUGGCGGUUCAAUCAUACACAUUGUGGAUCAUAUUGAUUUCGAGGCAAGUAGCGUGCCUGAGGUCUUACGCCCGCUUUACGAGUCACCAAAAGUUCUUGCACAGAAGACAACAAUGGCGGCUCUACGCCAGCUCAAGCAGAUAGCUCAGGAGGUUUCUCAGACUAACGUUAAUAACGGUUGGGGCCGACGUCCGGCUGCCUUACGAGCUCUUAGUCAGAGGCUAAGCAGGGGCUUCAAUGAAGCUGUUAAUGGAUUCGCCGAUGAAGGAUGGUCAGUCAUAGGCGAUGGCAUGGAUGACGUGACGAUUCUUGUGAACUCUUCACCCGACAAGCUAAUGGGUUUGAAUCUUGCUUUCGGUAACGGGUUCCCCCUUGUUAGCAACACAGUUCUAUGUGCAAAAGCCUCGAUGCUUUUACAGAACGUGCCUCCGGCAAUUCUGCUUCGUUUUCUGAGGGAGCAUAGGUCAGAAUGGGUAGACAACAGUAUCGAUGCAUAUGCAGCAGCGGCAAUCAAAGUCGGGCCCUGCAGUUUUUCGGGUGCUCGGGUUGGAGGAUUCGGAGGGCAGGUUAUACUUCCACUUGCUCAUACCGUUGAACAUGAAGAGUUUUUGGAAGUUGUCAAGUUGGAAGGUCUCGGUCAUUCACCUGAAGACGCUAUGAUUCCGAGAGAUAUCUUCCUGUUGCAACUUUGCAGCGGAAUGGACGAGAAUGCUGUUGGAACCUGUGCUGAACUUAUAUUUGCUCCAAUUGAUGCGUCAUUUGCAGAUGAUGCACCUCUUCUUCCAUCUGGUUUUCGUAUCAUUCCCCUUGACUCGGGAAAGGAAGUAUCGAGCCCAAAUCGCACUCUAGACCUUGCCUCAGCGCUGGAGGUUGGACCGACGGGAACAAAAGCACUAUCCAGUGAUGGGUCAGGAAAUUCUGGGGUUACUAGGUCAGUGAUGACUAUAGCGUUUGAAUUUGCGUUCGAGAGCCAAAUGCAGGAUCAUGUAGCAUCCGUGGCCCGACAAUACGUUCGGGGUAUUAUAUCGGCGGUUCAGAGAGUGGCAUUAGCUCUCUCUCCUUCUCACGUAAGUUCACAAGUCGGUCUUCGUACUCCGCUGGGCACUCCCGAGGCCCAAACGCUUGCCCGUUGGAUUUGCCAUAGUUACAGGUGCUACAUGGGCGUGAACUUGCUCAAAUCGAGCAGCGAAGGCGAUGAAUCCGUUCUCAAGAACCUGUGGAAUCAUUCGGAUGCUAUAAUGUGUUGCUCAAUGAAGGCAUUGCCCGUCUUCACAUUCGCGAACCAAGCUGGGCUCGACAUGCUCGAGACAACAUUGGUCGCUCUACAAGACAUAUCGCUCGAGAAGAUAUUCGACGAAAACGGGCGGAAGGCUCUGUGCUCGGAGUUUCCCCAGAUCAUGCAACAGGGAUUCGGGUGCAUGCAGGGUGGGAUAUGCAUAUCAAGCAUGGGAAGACCUGUCUCUUAUGACAGAGCGGUGGCUUGGAAGGUUCUCGACGAAGACGAGAAUGCUCAUUGCAUCUGCUUCGUGUUCGUCAACUGGUCUUUCGUUUGAUCAGUUAUGCCACCAUUUGUCGUGGUUUUUUGUUACUCUUUCGAUAUAUUUCUCGGGUUAUGAUCCGAGAAACCCAGAUGGAUGUAGUUGGUAUUUUUUCGCUUCGGAUUCGGACAUCUCUGUCUUUUGCUUUGUGUCCAAGAAUCAUUCAUCAUCUUGUUCUUGCUGUUUGGAUUGGAUUCUUGUUUCAGUUCGUGGAGAAAUUAAGAACAAUUAUGUUGUGUUU